AUGUCAAGGGAGGACACGCCCGAAGAAGUCGCCCAACCGGACGAGGCACGGACAGAGAAGCCGCCCUCAGGCAUGUCCUUCGCACGAUUCGAUAUAGCCACCACGCUGCAUUACCCACCGGAUGCGUCUACACCCCUCUCGUUCUGUCUUGACUCGGGGUCGAGUAUAUCCCUUAUAGGCCGGGCAUGUUUCGAGAAAUAUUUCCAAGAUAGCACUAUUCGCCUGGCACCUAUACUGAUCCCAGUCGCGGGAGUCGCGGGCGUCACCCGAACCACUGAGUAUAUCAACAUAGAAGUACGCUUGAAGAGCGAGAAGGGGAAAUUCAUUCGCAUCGGAGGCGAAUUCCAUAUUGUACCUAGUUUGUCAUGUAGCAUCUUACUCGCAAACGACAUUUUGCAUACUUACCAAGGAAUCCUUGACAUUGGCGCGGAAAAAGCGACCUUCGCCAACACGCAUGUGAUACCUAUAUCAGUGUUCAAAAAGGCGUCAGCCUUGCCAAAUAUGCCACCUUUCCCAGUGAAGAAGGUGGCUCGAAACCCACCUCGAAGGCGCAAGGUCGCUGUAUACGCGGCGGGGUCUACCGUGAUCGAGGCGGGCCAGGGUAUCAACAUCUCUGUCAAGCACAGGCCACUUCCGGCAGGGAAGUCUUACUUAUUCAUGCCAUACCCUAUUGAGGACAUGGCCACCGGCCGGUUGGCAUCCGGGUCAAAGGCUAUUCUGUCGGACGACCCUGAGGCGGUCCCUUUCGCGAACUUCGGAGAAAGUGCAAUUCGUAUACAUCCCAAGCGCCAGCUCGGCUGCCUAGAGGAACUGAAGGAUAGCCACCUAGGGGCGCAGGUUAUUCGUGAUACCCUCAUGACACGCGUCUUUAUAGGGGAGACAGACCUAGGUGACAAUCAGCCUUUCGUUAUCGCAAAGGAUAAGGACGAGGACUUCGAUGUCGUCUUAGCGGAUAUAUCAGAGCAUUAG